AUGCUGGUGCCAAGCUGUCGGAUGAUGCACGUAGUCAGGCCAGUGGUGGUGCUCCUGUGCUUGCUACUCUAUGGUGAUGCAGAAACACCACCGAAGUUUACAAGAACUCCCGUUGACCAGACAGGGGUUUCUGGAGGAGUUGCCUCGUUCAUCUGUCAAGCCACAGGAGAUCCAAGACCUAAAAUUGUCUGGAACAAGAAGGGAAAGAAAGUCAGCAAUCAGAGAUUUGAGGUAAUAGAAUUUGAUGAUGGAUCUGGAUCAGUUCUCAGAAUACAACCACUGCGUACACCACGAGAUGAAGCUAUUUAUGAAUGUGUGGCUUCCAAUAGUGUUGGUGAAAUUAGUGUGUCCACAAGGCUCACUGUUUUACGUGAGGAUCAAAUUCCCAGAGGUUUCCCCACCAUUGAUAUGGGCCCACAGCUAAAGGUCGUUGAACGAACUCGUACAGCUACCAUGCUAUGUGCAGCCAGUGGCAAUCCUGAUCCUGAAAUAACAUGGUUCAAAGAUUUCCUACCUGUUGACACAAGUAACAACAAUGGCCGUAUCAAGCAGUUGCGCUCAGAAUCUAUUGGUGGUACACCAAUAAGAGGUGCCCUCCAAAUUGAGCUGAGUGAAGAAUCAGACCAAGGCAAAUAUGAGUGUGUUGCAACCAACAGUGCGGGUACACGCUAUUCUGCCCCUGCCAAUCUAUAUGUCAGAGAGCUGCGAGAAGUUCGACGGGUCCCACCGAGGUUCUCUAUCCCCCCUACCAAUCAUGAGAUCAUGCCUGGCGGGAGUGUAAAUAUCACGUGUGUUGCGGUGGGGUCACCAAUGCCAUAUGUGAAAUGGAUGCUAGGAGCAGAAGAUUUGACACCUGAGGACGAUAUGCCAAUAGGGAGGAACGUCCUUGAGCUUAAUGAUGUCAGGCAGUCUGCAAACUAUACUUGUGUUGCUAUGUCUACCCUUGGUGUUAUAGAAGCAAUAGCACAGAUAACUGUCAAAGCUUUACCCAAACCUCCUGGAACACCUGUGGUGACAGAAAGCACAGCAACAAGCAUAACAUUGACUUGGGAUUCUGGAAACCCUGAACCAGUUUCCUACUACAUAAUCCAACACAAACCCAAAAACUCUGAGGAGCCAUAUAAGGAAAUUGAUGGGGUGGCAACAACACGCUAUAGUGUGGCUGGCCUAAGCCCAUAUUCAGAGUAUGAAUUUCGGGUAGUUGCUGUAAAUAACAUUGGGCGAGGGCCACCUAGUGAACCUGUGUCAACAAGGACUUCAGAACAAGCACCUUCAAGUGCACCACGCAAUGUUCAGGCCCGCAUGUUGAGCUCCACCACUAUUUUGGUACAGUGGGAAGAACCUGAGGAACCUAAUGGACAAAUACAAGGUUACAGAGUUUAUUACACCAUGGACCCCACUCAACAUGUCAACAGUUGGAUGAAGCACAAUGUGGCUGACAGUCAUAUUACCACUAUUGGAAAUCUGGUACCCCAGAAAACAUACUCCGUGAAGGUCCUUGCUUUUACUUCUGUUGGGGAUGGGCCACUUUCUAGUGACAUUCAAGUCAUCACUCAAACCGGAGUGCCUGGUCAGCCACUGAAUUUCAAAGCAGAACCUGAGUCUGAAACAAGCAUACUGCUUUCCUGGACACCUCCACGCUCUGAUACCAUUUCCAGCUAUGAACUGGUUUACAAAGAUGGAGAGCAUGGGGAAGAGCAACGGGUUUCCACUGAACCUACUACAUCUUAUCGCUUGCAAGGCUUAAGGCCAAACAGCUUGUACUUAUUCCGUCUAGCUGCCCGUUCUCCACAAGGUCUGGGUGCUUCAACAGCGGAAAUCUCAGCGAGAACCAUGCAGUCAAAGCCAUCAGCUCCUCCUCAAGACAUUAGUUGCACAAGCCCCAGCUCCACUAGCAUUUUGGUAAGUUGGAAACCUCCACCGGUGGAAAAACAGAACGGCAUUAUCACUGAAUAUUCCAUCAAGUACAUUGGGAUUGAUGGAGAAGAUAUCAAGCCCCAUGAAAUUUUGGGAAUUUCCUCGGACAGUACCCGAUACCUUUUGGAACAGCUGGAAAAAUGGACUGAGUACCGGAUCUCUGUGACUGCCCACACUGAUGUUGGACCCGGCCCAGAGAGCUUAGCAGUAUUGAUUCGGACAGAUGAAGAUGUUCCUAGUGGUCCUCCUCGCAAAGUCGAGGUAGAGGCUGUCAACUCUACUGCUGUUAAAGUGUCGUGGCGCUCACCUGUACCCAAUAAGCAGCAUGGUCAGAUCCGAGGAUACCAGGUCCACUAUGUGAGGAUGGAAAAUGGAGAGUCAAAGGGUCAGCCCAUGCUGAAGGACAUCAUGUUGGCUGAUGCACAGUGGGAAUAUGAUGAUACUACUGAACAUGAAAUGAUAAUUUCUGGGCUUCAUCCUGAAACUACAUACUCCUUCACUGUGACAGCCUAUACAACGAAAGGUGAUGGAGCACGCAGCAAGCCCAAACUCGUAUCUACUACCGGUGCAGUUCCAGGCAAACCUCGGCUUGUGAUUAGCCACACACAGAUGAACACGGCUCUAAUUCAGUGGCACCCUCCUGUGGACACUUUCGGCCCGCUGCAGGGUUAUCGUCUGAAGUUUGGUCGCAAAGACAUGGAUACAUUUACGACCAUGGAGUUCUCAGAGAAGGAGGAUCACUUCACAGCCACAGACAUUCACAAAGGAGCUUCUUACAUCUUCAGGCUCUCAGCUAGGAAUAAAGUGGGCUUUGGGGAGGAGAUGGUUAAAGAGAUUUCUAUUCCUGAAGAGGUACCCAGUGGAUUUCCCCAGAAUCUCCACUCAGAAAGUUCUACUUCUACAUCAGUUCAAUUAACUUGGGAGAUGCCACUCUUGACAGAAAGAAAUGGCAUUAUCACCAAAUACACCAUCUUGUACAGAGAUAUCAAUGUCGCUUACCAGCCAGUUGAGCUCCCUGUUGUUCCUGCUGAUACCACUAUGACACUUUCUGGCUUAAAACCAGAUACCACAUAUGAUGUAAAAGUACGUGCCCAUACAAGCAAAGGGCCUGGUCCAUAUAGUCCAAGUGUCCAGUUCAGGACACUACCCGUGGAUCAAGCAGUGUUUGCAAAAAAUUUUCAUGUUAAAGCAGUAAUGAAGACUUCUGUUUUGUUGUCCUGGGAAAUUCCAGAAAAUUACAACUCAGCCUUGCCUUUCAAAAUCCUGUAUGAUGAUGGGAAAAUGGUGGUGGAGGUUGAUGGACGUGCUACUCAAAAACUGAUCACUAACUUGAAACCAGAGACAUCAUAUUCAUUUGUGCUGACAAACAGAGGGAAUAGUGCUGGGGGUCUUCAGCACAGAGUAACAGCAAAGACUGCACCAGAUGUGCUUCGCACCAAGCCAGUCUUCAUUGGAAAGACCAACUUAGAUGGCAUGAUAACUGUGGAACUUCCAGAAGUACCUUCAAAUGAGAAUAUAAAAGGUUAUUACAUAGUUAUUGUGCCUUUGAAGAGGUCUCGUGGAAAGUUUAUCAAACCUUGGGAGAGUCCAGAUGAAAUGGAACUAGAUGAGCUGCUUAAGGAGAUAGCUAGGAAACGCAGAAGCAUUCGUCUUGAGAGGGAAGUUGAAUUAAAGCCAUAUAUUGCAGCUCACUUUGAAGUUCUUCCUACGGAGUUCACGUUGGGGGAUAAGAAACAUUAUGGUGGCUUUGAGAAUAAGCAACUGCAGAGUGGUCAAGAAUAUGUCUUCUUUGUAUUGGCUGUAAUGGAGCACUCAGAAUCUACUAUGUAUGCAACCAGCCCAUAUUCUGAUCCUGUUGUGUCAAUGGAUCUUGAUCCCCAACCAAUUACAGAUGAGGAAGAAGGCUUGAUUUGGGUUGUUGGACCAGUUCUUGCAGUGGUGUUUAUCAUCUGCAUUGUUAUCGCUAUACUUCUUUAUAAAAGUAAACCUGACAGGAAGAGGGCUGAAUCUGAUUCUAGAAAAAGCAGCAUACCCAACAGCAAGGAGGUCCCCUCUCACCAUCCCACAGAUCCAGUAGAGCUGCGACGCCUUAAUUUUCAAACUCCAGCUUUGAGCAGUAAUUCAGUCCCCUACGCCUCCCUGAUUGGCUCUGUGUCCUCCCUCUCUAGCCAAACUACCACUCAGUCCUUAUAUGAUAAUAACUCUCUCCCACGGUUCGCUCGAAAAGGUAUGGCCAGUCAUCCCCCAAUACCUAUCUUGGAACUUGCAGAUCACAUUGAAAGGUUGAAAGCAAAUGACAAUUUGAAGUUCUCACAGGAGUAUGAGUCCAUUGAUCCUGGUCAGCAGUUCACAUGGGAACACUCUAACCUGGAAGUAAACAAACCAAAGAAUAGAUAUGCGAAUGUAAUUGCGUAUGACCACUCUCGUGUUCUACUCUCAGCAAUUGAAGGCAUACCAGGCAGUGACUAUAUCAAUGCCAACUACAUAGAUGGAUACAGAAAGCAGAAUGCUUAUAUAGCAACACAAGGGGCAUUGCCAGAAACCUUUGGUGACUUCUGGAGAAUGAUGUGGGAGCAACGGGGUGCAACUGUGGUCAUGAUGACAAAACUAGAGGAGAGGUCCAGGGUGAAGUGUGAUCAAUACUGGCCAAGCAGAGGCACAGAAACUUACGGACUAAUUCAAGUGACCCUUUUAGACACCGUUGAAUUGGCAACAUACUGUGUUCGUACAUUCGCACUUUACAAGAAUGGUUCAAGUGAGAAAAGGGAAGUGAGGCAAUUCCAGUUCACUGCCUGGCCUGACCAUGGUGUUCCAGAACACCCAACACCAUUCUUAGCUUUCCUGCGACGAGUGAAGACCUGCAACCCACCUGAUGCUGGACCAAUGGUUGUACACUGCAGUGCUGGAGUCGGCAGGACUGGCUGUUUCAUUGUGAUAGAUGCCAUGCUAGAGAGAAUAAAGCAUGAAAAGACUGUAGAUAUUUAUGGCCACGUAACUCUAAUGAGAGCGCAGAGGAAUUACAUGGUUCAAACUGAGGACCAAUACAUCUUUAUCCACGAUGCACUGCUAGAAGCAGUGACAUGUGGAAAUACCGAAGUGCCAGCCAGAAACCUGUAUGCAUAUAUCCAGAAGCUGACACAGAUAGAAACAGGCGAGAAUGUCACAGGAAUGGAACUGGAAUUUAAGCGUCUUGCUAGCUCUAAGGCUCACACUUCAAGAUUCAUCAGUGCCAAUCUUCCAUGUAAUAAAUUCAAAAAUCGCCUUGUCAAUAUUAUGCCAUAUGAGUCUACAAGGGUAUGCUUGCAACCAAUCCGAGGAGUGGAAGGCUCCGAUUAUAUUAAUGCCAGUUUCAUUGAUGGAUACAGACAACAAAAAGCUUAUAUAGCUACACAGGGUCCCUUAGCAGAAACAACUGAAGACUUCUGGAGAAUGCUCUGGGAGCAUAAUUCUACAAUUGUGGUCAUGCUCACUAAGCUACGAGAAAUGGGCAGAGAAAAAUGCCACCAGUACUGGCCUGCAGAGCGCUCAGCCAGAUAUCAGUAUUUUGUGGUAGAUCCAAUGGCAGAGUACAACAUGCCACAGUAUAUUCUGAGGGAAUUCAAGGUUACAGAUGCAAGGGAUGGGCAGUCCCGAACAGUGAGGCAGUUCCAGUUCACUGACUGGCCAGAACAAGGAGUGCCAAAGUCUGGAGAAGGAUUUAUUGACUUCAUAGGCCAAGUUCAUAAGACAAAAGAGCAAUUUGGUCAGGAUGGGCCAAUUUCUGUUCAUUGCAGUGCGGGUGUUGGAAGGACUGGAGUAUUCAUAACCCUGAGCAUUGUGUUAGAAAGAAUGAGAUAUGAAGGUGUUGUGGAUAUCUUCCAGACUGUCAAAAUGUUAAGGACACAGCGGCCAGCCAUGGUACAGACAGAGGAUCAAUACCAGUUCUGCUAUCGAGCCGCACUGGAAUAUCUGGGCAGCUUUGAUCACUAUGCAACAUAAAAGCCCAUCGUGGAUUUUUAUUGCAGGCCCUUUAAGAUCCAUAGAGCCGCUUCUGAGCCAUACAAUGUGCUUUAGAAGUACUUCUUAACUCUUAGCUAAGGAGCAAUUUUUGGGGAUAUAUAAAAU